CUCCCUAGUAUAUAUAGGUAGCUCUACUCUGGAUUGUUCAUUGCUCAUACACAUCACCUGCUUCAUACACUUGAACUUUAUGGCCAUUGCAACCAUUACUUUCAGUAUUGGUUUAUCCAAUGGAAAUCCAGCUUGGCCUCCACUUUGCAAAGAAAGCGAAAGACGAGCACUUCUGAUGUUCAAGCAAGAUCUCAACGAUCCUGCCAAUCGCCUUUCAUCGUGGGUUGCAGAAGAAGAUUCAGAUUGUUGCAGUUGGACAGGAGUUGUCUGUGAUCACAUGACCGGCCACAUCCACGAGCUGCACCUUAAUAAUCCCGACACUUAUUUUGAUUUCCAAUCUUCCUUCGGUGGUAAGAUAAAUCCUUCUUUGCUCAGUUUAAAGCAUCUCAACUUCUUGGACUUGAGUUACAAUAAUUUCAAUGGAACACAAAUUCCUAGUUUCUUUGGUUCUAUGACAAGUUUAACACACCUUAAUCUUGCAUACUCAUUGUUUGAUGGAGUAAUUCCUCAUACACUAGGAAAUCUCUCCAGUCUACGCUAUCUCAAUCUCCAUAGUUAUGGUCUCUAUGGUUCCAAUCUGAAGGUAGAGAACCUUCAGUGGAUUUCUGGUCUUUCUCUGCUGAAACACUUGCACUUGAGUUAUGUAAAUCUUAGCAAAGCAUCUGACUGGUUGCAAGUUACAAACAUGCUCCCUUCUUUGGUAGAGUUACAUAUGUCCUUUUGUCAUCUUCAUCAAAUCCCCCCUCUACCCACCCCAAAUUUUACUUCCCUGGUCGUCCUUGAUCUUUCUGGAAACAGUUUUAAUUCUUUGAUGUUGAGGUGGGUUUUCAGUCUUAAAAAUCUAGUUUCUAUUCUUCUCGGUGAUUGUGGUUUCCAAGGUCCAAUUCCUAGCAUUUCACAGAAUAUCACAUCUUUGAAGGUAAUUGAUUUGGCAUUCAAUUCUAUUAGUCUUGAUCCGAUUCCCAAAUGGCUGUUUAACCAAAAAGAUCUGGCUUUGGAUCUAGAAGGUAAUGACCUUACAGGACUUCCAAGCAGUAUUCAGAAUAUGACUGGUCUUAUAGCUCUUUAUCUUGGGUCGAACGAAUUCAAUUCUACCAUACUUGAAUGGUUGUAUAGCCUGAACAAUCUUGAGUCCUUAGAUCUUUCUCACAAUGCCUUACGUGGUGAAAUUUCGAGUUCCAUUGGAAAUCUUAAAAGUUUAAGGCACUUUGAUCUUUCAAGUAAUUCAAUAUCAGGUCGCAUUCCAAUGUCACUAGGAAAUAUAUCAAGCUUAGAACAAUUGGACAUAUCUGUAAAUCAAUUUAAUGGAACUUUCACAGAAGUUAUUGGUCAGCUCAAAAUGCUAACGGAUUUGGAUAUAUCUUAUAAUUCGUUAGAAGGUGUGGUGUCGGAAAUUUCUUUUAGCAACCUUAUAAAGUUGAAGAAUUUUGUUGCAAGAGGAAACUCAUUUACUUUGAAAACUAGUCGAGAUUGGGUUCCUCCUUUUCAACUUGAAAUUUUGCAGCUGGAUUCCUGGCAUUUGGGGCCUGAAUGGCCAAUGUGGUUGCGGACACAAACUCAAUUAAAGGAACUAAGCUUGUCUGGUACAGGAAUUUCAAGUACUAUUCCAACUUGGUUUUGGAACUUAACUUCCCAAGUAGACUAUCUGAAUCUCUCUCACAAUCAAUUGUAUGGGCAGAUUCAAAAUAUAUUUGUUGGUGCUUUUCCUUCAGUAGUUGAUCUUGGUUCUAACCAAUUCACUGGUGCAUUGCCCAUUGUUGCCACCUCAUUGUUCUGGCUAGAUCUUUCCAAUUCAUCAUUUUCUGGAUCUGUUUUCCACUUCUUCUGUGAUAGGCCGGAUGAACCAAAGCAACUUGAAAUUCUUCAUCUCGGGAACAAUUUUCUCACUGGAAAAGUACCCGAUUGUUGGAUGAGUUGGCAAUACUUGGGCUUCCUAAAUUUAGAAAACAACAACCUAACUGGGAAUGUCCCAAUGUCCAUGGGAUACUUGCAAGAUCUGGAAUCACUGCACUUGCGCAAUAAUCACCUGUACGGAGAAUUGCCACAUUCCCUGCAGAACUGUACCUCGUUGUCAGUUGUUGACCUUAGUGAAAAUGGGUUUUCCGGAAGCAUACCAAUAUGGAUAGGGAAAAGCCUUUCAGGGUUGCAUGUUCUUAUCCUUCGUUCAAAUAAGUUUGAAGGAGAUAUUCCUAAUGAAGUUUGUUAUUUGAAAAGUCUCCAGAUAUUGGACCUUGCACAUAACAAACUCUCAGGAAUGAUACCGAGAUGCUUCCACAAUUUGAGCGCCUUGGCUAAUUUUUCAGAAUCAUUUUCUCCAAGGAUUUUUGGGAGUGUGAAUGGAGAAGUUUGGGAGAAUGCAAUCUUGGUAACGAAAGGGACAGAAAUGGAAUAUAGCAAGAUUCUGGGAUUCGCAAAGGGCAUGGAUCUUUCAUGCAACUUCAUGUAUGGAGAGAUCCCUAAAGAACUUACCGGCCUCCUCGCAUUACAGUCACUCAAUUUAUCGAAUAAUCGCUUCACUGGAAGAAUUCCUUCAAAGAUUGGUGAUAUGGCAAAGUUAGAAUCUGUUGAUUUUUCCAUGAACCAACUUGAUGGUGAAAUUCCUCCAAGCAUGACGAAUUUGACAUUUCUGAGUCACUUAAACUUGUCCUACAACAAUUUGACAGGACGAAUUCCGAAAAGCACUCAACUGCAAAGCUGCAGAGCCUUAUCAGUAUGCGGAGCUCCACUCAACAAGAAUUGCAGCGAGAAUGGGGUGAUACCGCCACCAACAGUUGAGCACGACGGAGGAGGAGGAUACAGUUUACUCGAAGAUGAGUGGUUCUACGUGAGCUUGGGAGUUGGAUUCUUCACGGGGUUUUGGAUUGUGCUUGGUUCUUUGCUGGUAAACAUGCCAUGGAGCAUUCUUCUUUCACAGUUGUUGAAUAGGAUAGUGUUUAAAAUGUAUCAUGUAAUUGUUGAAUAUGUUUAGAUUUGUUUUGUACUUUGAGUAAGUUCGUUGGCAUUUUCCUUGCUGUGACGAAUAUGCCAGUAUGGUUGUGUUGUAUGAUUUUGUCAAAUUUAGUCCUCUUGUUUCAUUGUGUUUUUCUUUCAGGUUUGGUUUUAGAGGGGUUAGGUUUCAUGUCCCCCCAUCCCUUGUAUCAUUUUUGUUUUCGUUUCUAGAGGGGUAAGGUUUAUGUCUCUCAUUCUUACUCAAUGUUGUUUUUCUCCUUUUCUUGGCAUUAUGAGGGGUAAGGUUUAUGUUCUCCCCUGACUAGGUGUAACUUAUUUUUUUCGUUAUCAAUAAAAUAUUCCUCGUACCA